AUGAACCUGGUUACCGAGAACAACGCUCACAUUCAUACAGUCAAGCAAGCCACGCCUCAAUAUACCAAGUCCGACUCUCUGAAAUCAUCCUCUGCGACCAACGAGUACUUUUCUGACUAUGCUUCCGACGCCGCCAGUCAAAUAUCCCACGGUGGCCAAGGUUACGAGACACCUCCCUCGAGAAUCUCUACGCCACUUGUACAGCCGAACCCCGUCGACUCCGAGAUGACGCUCCCCGCUAGAGCCGGCGUGGCACAGCCGGCACCCCUCAACGUCAGACGCAGCCAAAAUGGAGGACCACAAACCCCGGGCAUGCUCUCAAGUUUUGACGAGAUGAGCCCUCCAACCCCGGACGUGGACGAUACCCCAUAUAUCCGGUUCGCCAUUGAGCAGCUGACAAGAGACGAGGAUGUCUUGGGAAGAGGCAGAGACAGUGCGGAUCCUGUUCAACCUCCGCCGGUUUCACCAGCUCCUCAUCCAUUUGCCCCCGAAGACAGUUCACUUGCAUCAACUUCGUCUCUAUCUGGUCCGCCUCCGUCCCCGCCCCCGGCCCCCCAGUCACGCUCUCCACGACCGGCGUCGCAGAUAAAUCGGAAGCCUGUUCCUCAAGAGGUUAUGCUUCCAGUGGAUCUGUCAAAAGACCUUCGGAUGCGGCUCGGCUUUGUACCACUACCAUUACGACUACCCAUGCUCGCACUAUACCUACUACUAUGCCUUUUAAUUAUCGCCGCCCUAAUAUUCAGCCUCAUAUUCGCCGGCACGAAUCACGCACUCUUUGACUACGAUGGAAAUGCAACAGCGCGAUAUUUUGUCUUUGAAUACCUGCCUCAACUAAUUGGCAUGCUCCUGAUUCUGUGGCUGUUUGUGAUCGAAGCGGCAGUGUACAGGUCUCUGCCAUACUACAACAUGAGCCCCGGCCAUCGCAAUUCCUGGGUCUUGCAAGACAUGCGCAUCCUGCCCGCCAACUUCGUCUUACCAGAUCUCACAUUUUUCCGAAAUCGCGAACCCCUGUUGGGGGUUGCCUUCUUGAUCUUCUGGAUCACGAACUUCACGGUGCCUCUGUUGGCGUGUCUGUAUCAGACCCAAUGGAUUACAGACGACGGCCCAGCUCGCUUCCGCUGGACAGCUGUUCGAGGCGUCGGCUGGACGUUGGUGGCGUUGUACGUCCCCCUUUGCCUUGCGCUUCUGUAUUGCGCUUUUCGCCUCCGACGGAGCAAGUCGAAUCUGCGUUGGGAUCCGGCUUCAUUGGCAGAUCUCAUCUGCUUGUUCCGGCGGUCCAAUGUGGGCUCGGAUUUCGAGCAAACCGAAAUAUCACCAGAGCCAAACGCACAGGUUCCACCAAGAAACCUGCGUCUCGGGUUCUUUACCACUUCUGAAAGACCAGAGGUCUUUCAUGGCGUUGGGGAGGAAUACGCACCCAUCAAACGACUGUCCUUCCAGACUCACGAACCGAAAGCGGCACCCCUGGCCAGUGAGUCCGCCGAUCUUGAAGCUCAGCGCCUGUCCUAUGGCUCGGGCUUUGCUCGCAAUAUCCACUCGCCUUUCGUCCGAUACCGGUGGGUGCCGUGGUAUCUGCGCGACUCAACUGUGCUUGCCUGGAUUAUAGCGGCUGUUUUGCUCAGCAUCGCCUUCCUGGUUGUCAGCUUUGUCAAUCGAGCAGUUCAGGACGGCUUUGAUCCUCAACUCCCAUCCUUGACCGACUCAAGUGGCUUCUCUCCAGCCAACUUCCUCUACAGCUUUCUCCCAACGUUCCUGGGGAUGUUCCUCUUCCUUGCCUGGCAACCCAUCGAUAUGUACUAUCGCGCAGUCCAGCCAUUCCGCAAUUUGUCACAACCCACCGGAGCCACUGCACGCCACUCGUUGUUGCUCUCCUAUCCAGCUUAUGGACAUCUGGGUGUCGUUACGCGGGCUUUGAUCAACAGGGAUUACAAGGUGGCAUAUGUCACCUUCAUAUCACUCAUUUCAGUGUCUAUACCAGUGUUGGCUGGUGGAGUAUUUACUGCUGUAUUCUUCUCCUCGGAUAACAGGGUCAGGAUUGUCGCCAGCAUGCCGGGCUACUAUGCUCUCUGUGUCUUGGUCACGGUCUACGCCCUCUCAUACCUCAUCAUUUGGCCCACGAGAAAACGCUACCUACCCCACCACAUCAACACCACUGCUGCUCUUCUGAGUUGGGUCUAUGCGAGUCCUUUGCUCGGCGACAUGGCUUUGCAGAACAUUGAGACAAAGACGGAGCUGGUUGACAGGCUUACGGGCUCGACUGUUGCCUCAGCUGCAUUGACGGGUGAUGGUGUUGCGGAUGAGAAACGUCACCGUCCUCAAAGAGGAGUUCGCCGUUUCGAUGCUAAUGCAGGCGUGAGGUAUGCCUUCGGCAUCUUCGUGGGACGAGACGGAAAAGAACACCUUGGCAUCGAUCGGUUGCAAAGGCCAGGCAGCCGGGAGAUGCUUGUUGCGCCGGCUUCACAAUAG